AUGGACGACGAUUUCGGUGCCGACGAAGACUUCCUGGCCGCUCUCGCAUCUUCGAACCCGGCACCUUCACGCCCCGAGGCUCAACCAUCUCGUCCCCGUGUGCAGCAACCGACACCGCAGAAGAUACAGCAGCUGACACCGCAGCGCUUGGAUAGACCACCGCCCGCAAAUGCUUCUGCGAGCGGCAAGAUUGUCCAACCGACACCCCAGGCCCUUCCCCAGCGAGGAUCCGGCUCGGCCAUUCUUGUGUCUCCACGGCAGAGGGGCAACCCGGUGCUCGCAUCUCUCAAGUCGAUGCCAUGGGAGUACAGCGAUAUUCUGGGUGACUACGGUCUUGGUUUGACGACAUGUGCAUUGUUUCUGAGUCUCAAGUACCACCGCCUCCAUCCCGAGUAUAUCCAUACGAGAAUCAGGAAUCUUCAAGGGAAAUACAACCUACGUCUCGUACUGACUAUGGUUGAUAUUCCAAACCACGAGGAGGUCUUGCGCGAGUUGUCCAAGACCUCAUUGGUCAACAACGUCACCCUCAUUCUUUGCUGGUCAGCCGCCGAGGCCGCGCGAUACCUCGAGCUGUACAAGUCGUACGAGCACGCCAAUUUCAACGCCAUCCGCGGCCAACAAGCGUCAACGUAUGCGGAGAAGCUCGUCGAGUUCGUCACCGUUCCCAGGAGCGUCAACAAGUCGGAUGCCGUUGCCCUGGUCAGUAACUUUGGUAGCUUGAAGAAAGCCAUCAAUGCGAAUCCCGAGGAGAUUGGCUCGCUAGCUGGCUGGGGCGCUGUCAAGGUCAACAAAUGGGUCAAGGCUGUCGAGGAGCCUUUCCGAGCACAAAAAUCAGGCAAGCGACAGCUGGAUCGAUCGGACCGCACCGAGGACGGGAGGCCGUCGCAAGCAUCGAGGUUGGAUCAAGCUGUGCCUCUCAGCAGGGUCCCGCUUCGUGAGAUGUCUACGAGAGACUCAUCGAGAGGCUCACCUGCAGUGGGCACGCCAACGACAACCCAGCCCAAGAGGCCUGCCGCCUUGGAGAGAGGCAAUCCGGAUCUCGACGAGGACGAUGAAGAGGCGAUGAUCGCCGCCGCUAUUGAGGAAUCAAGGCGGACUGCUGAGGUGCAAGCACAAGCACAAGCACAGACGCCGGUGCAGGCGCAGACGCAGACGAAACAAAUUGACAGCGCAGGUGCGAAAGACGAUGCACUUACAGACGGGGUCGCGGCCGCACUCGCAAGGUUGCGGAAGCAGGGCUGA